AUGUUUGCAGCGGAGCGCAGCGGGUCCAAGGGAUUCGGUAUAAAGACAGGAGGGAUCCCUAGCAGGGGCUCUGUCUCCCGUAGCCACGACAGUGGCAGAUAG